AUGUUGUCAAUCGUAACAAUUGGCGUACGAGUCUUUGCACUCCUCUUUGGCGCCGUCGUCCUCGGCUUGUCCGUCACCCUCGCCAAGCAACAGCACGAGGGCAAGCCCCCGUCCGAGACAUCCUUUGGCAGCUUCACCGGCGCCUUUGGCAUCAUUGCGUCGGGCAUUGGCCUCUUUGCCCUCUGGUUCGACAAGAUUUCUCCCCUGGUCACCAUGAUUAUUGAUGCGCUGGCCUCUAUUUUUUACCUGGCUGGCGGUAUUUCCCUCGUCCUCGCCCUAAAGUCCGUCAAGAGCUGCACCGGCAAAGACGCCGUUUCGGAAGUCACCCGCUUCACCAACAAGAUCCUCAACGGCGGCUGCACCACGAAAAACGGCCAGCUCUGGUGCUACGUCGGCAGCGACGCCGACAACGACGGCAUCCACCCGGACCUCAUUGGCCGCUGCCAGCGCGCCCAGGCCGAUUACGUCUUUGAGUUCUUGGGCUUUAUUGUCGGGUUGGCCCUCAUUACCCUGGGGUUCCUGGCGUGGCGACGCGGUGGCUCGAGGACGCGUGCUUAUGCGUAA